CGAACCGUUUGGAUCAUCGGGACCCGGGGAGAAAUUGGGAGCUCCCUCACCGUCCCCGGCGCGGCGCCAUGGAGGCAGAGGCGGCGGUGCUGACGCAGCUCCAGCUGCAGCUCCUCGCCCUCGUCUCCGAGCUCCGCCUCCUCCGCGAGCGGGAGCGCGGCGCCCGCGAGGAGCUCCGCGACGCCGGUCAGAGGUGGGAGGCGGCGGCGGAGGAGCACCGCAGGGAGGCUCGGGAGCUGCGCGCGGAGGUGGCCACGCGGGACGACGCGCUGCGGAAGCUCGAGGCUAGGAUAAAGUUGCUCGAAAAUGAGAAUGAGCUGCUGGAGAAGAAUGAAAACAACUUGAAAGAAAGCAUGGAGGUGCUGCUUCAAUCAAGGGAGGCUUUUAUAAAACAUUAUGAGGACUCUACUUGUUCUAUGCAAUGGACCAUCCAGAUGAAGGAUAAGCAGAUUGCCGUAAUUUCAGAGAAGUUGAAUUCUCAUCUUGUUUUGUUUAGUUCGGUACAAAAGGAAGUUUCGGCAUUGAAACAAGUACUAGAUGAUGUGCAUUGUUUGGUUGGUGAGAAGGAAAAUAUAGUUGCUGACUUGAAGGAUAAGGUCCAAAGGAUUUCUGUGCUUGAGAAAGAUGUUGUAGAGAAAGUUAAUUUCUUGGAAAGUAAGAUAAGUUCUUACCAGCAUGAACUCCGGAGUAGAGCAAGGAUCAUAUAUGAGUUGAAAGAUCACCUUGAGGCUGAGAAGCUUAACAAUAGCUUCCAGCCCCAUUUGGAAGAACUUAAGAAAGCUUUGUUGGUGAAGGAUGAUAUUAUUGAGAGAUUAACUUCAGAGAAGCAGGCAAUGCAUGUGGAGCUUCACAACAUGGAGAUUGCUUUACAGAAAUUUCAAGAUUUAUUCAGUAGUAUUGGGCAUGAGAGAAUGAAGAGCUUUUCAGCAAAUUGUGGAAGUCAGGAUGUACAGGAUGUGAAUAAUGGGCAGCCUGAAAGCAUUCUAGGUACACAAUGUGGUCUAGCCAAUGAGCAUAACUUGGUAACUGCAAUUGACGAAGCAGCCACCACACAAAAUGUAGACGGUCAGUUAGAACUCAGUCCAGGCAGCAUGCAAGUACAAACCCCAAAAUGCAGCAAGCUCGGUUCAUUGCCAUCCCCAGAGCCAGUAGCAGCGAAUACAGAAAAAGCUGACUGCCUUCUUGAGCCCAAAGAAGACAUUGUCAUGCUCAACAGCCUAUCGUGCUAGUUGGCUGAAUUUGCUGUUUUGCAGGGUGAUUUAUCUCCCACGAAGCCAACAGAUUCUGUGAAUCCAGAGCCCGACUCGGAGAAUCAACCCUGACCCUGCAAUUGGAUCCAUCCCUUAUCCCUUCACUUCUUCACCGUGAAUUAGGAUACACAAAGCUAUCGAUUCGGCUGGCCGAUUUGUGCUGCACAUUUAUCUUGUUCUCAGUUGAUCAUCCAUGUGUAUCCAGCGGUUUGGGUAAGCCACUACAGAGCGUUAUAGGAAAUUAGGAAUAGGACACGUACUUUGAGAUAUUUUCUGCUCGUCUUAAGUUCUGUCAACUCGCUGUGUCAACGGUUUAUAUAUUAUACGUUGCAGUUCGUCCAACGUCGAUCCUUGAACUUUGCAUGAAAAUUGAUUUAUUUCGUGAAGGCAA